ACGUAUUCUAAAAAGUCUUGUUUUUCUUUUUGUAGUUCAAUCUCUUUUUCCAUCAUGCCGGGAACAAGAAUUGUGGAUGAAGAUCGUAAGAAAAUCGAUAAGAAAUUCAUCUGCACCAGUUGUGACAUGUUGUUGUGCAUGCCCAUGCAAACUCAAUGUGGACACUUGAUGUGUUUUGCUUGCGUGCAAGCAUUGCUAGAGUAUGUUGAUUUUCUUUAUUGCUAUGCCUAAAUACUCCUCGCUGCGAAAAAUGCAACUAUAGGCCCUCUGGCAGGAAUUGAACCUGCAGGCCUCUCAUUUCCGGUGCAGCGCUCUAACCAACUGAGCUCCAGAGUCAAAACAAUCCUGAUAUUUACCCAUAUAGCUAACGGUUAGAGCAAAACUGGACUCUGUAGCUCAGGUAACAUCCCAUACUUCGGCAACGAAUGUAUUUCGUUUUGAUCACCACCCCCGACCAUGUUGUAUGCGAAAUAUGAGGCCUUGUCCAUCACCCAGUCGGCAUCAGUGGAUUGGUGCAUAUAAUAUUCGCUUAUAUUUUGGCAUGGCGAUAUUUGGCACGGUUGAACCGGCCUGCCUUGUGCCUCUGUCACUCUGCAGGCACAACGUGAUACUUAUCAAACGAGGUUUGAUUAUUUGAUCCUUAAGAUCGAAUAUUAAACAGUGCAAUAUUAUGAAAACUAUUCUUAUUAUUCAGGAGUUCAAACCCAAGAUGUCCUGCAGAUGGUACAGUACUCGAAAAAGAACAAGUGAGUGGUUCACAUUUACAUGUUUAUAUUCAGCCACGUUU